GUGAUCGACCAAGUCCUCGCUCGUCACCCGGAAACAGCAUACAUCCUGAGUCCCCUUCGACAAGCGGCUCUUGGCCAUUCACAGCGGUUGCAGCGGCAGCCUACACUGGUCUCGGAUGCGAUCGAUCCAGCGUCCAGCGAUCUGGUAUCGGUCUCUGGCGAUAAGUUGGUGGACGCCAUCCUGAUUGCGUUCCAGGAGCUGCGAAUGAGUCCAACCAACAGUGUCCCGGAGAACAAGGCGCCUGCCCCUGGGGCCGACGGUGCGGCUGGCAAUGAGGCCGACGAAUUUGGCCUGUCCCAGGGUUUCAUCUUGGACGAGCAUCAGAAAUUCCUCAAGGUCUUCAAGGCCAGCCCGCUUGCCAACGUCGUUACCGCAAUUCAAAGUGUCCUCACGCCUCCGAACAUGGGCUCGGCUGUCGCUGUCGAAGGACUGCACUCAUCGUCAGUCGCUCUUCGCCACAUUUGCCCGCUUCUGAAGCAGUACCUUGCGGCUGCCGAGUACCGCAUGUGCGAGCUGAUGGUGUACCACAAAUCCAUCAACAAGCUGGCAUAUAUUCUUUGCAACACAUUCGCGUUGCUGCUCAAAAACGGCUUCUGCGUGCCACAGGCAUCCGACGACAGCGCCGAGGGCGAAACUGAAGACAACGUUGAUGGAACCGGCAUCGGGGAGGGUGAGGGCAACAAAGACGUCAGCGAUCAAAUCGACAACCCGGAGCAGGUAGAGGGGACGCAGAACGAGCAGAAGCAACAGCCCAGCGGCGAGCCUGUCCCUGAAGAAGAGAACGCUCUCGAAAUGGAUGAGGACUUUGAUGGCCAAAUCGAGGAUGUCAAACGAGAAGCCGGCGACGAUGACGACGACAAGGAUGACGACGACGAAGAAGAAAACGAUGCUGCCGAGGAGCAAAUGGGCGAACUCGAUCGCGACGAAGCUGAUGUUGUUGACGAGAAGCUCUGGGGCGAUGAUGACGACGAUCAAAUCGAUAAGGACAACGAAAAGACGGAAAAGAAUGCCUCGGUGGACUCCAAGGGCGGUGAGACUGAAACGGUUGCCAAAGAUGAAAGCGGCCCCGACGAUGAACAGCCUCCCGAACCGAAAGAUGAAGCAGAAAAGCGCGAGCAGGAUAGCAAACGCAACGCCGACAACGGCUCAGAGGCUUCGGAUGACGAGAGCGACCAUGUCAACGAUAUCGAGGACGCCUUUGAAGAUAGCCACGGAGUGGAUAUCAAGGACCGCGACCAGCCAGAGGAGCCCGAUGGAGACGACGACAUGGAUCUCCCUGAAGAUAUGAAUCUCGAUGGCGAUGGCGACGAAAACGAAAACGAAAACGAUGACGAUGACGAUGGCCACAAUGACAUGGAAAUCGACCGCCCCGAUGACGACGCCAAGCCCCGAGACGACGAGAAGAAUGUCGGCGACAACGGCGAUGCAGAUAGCUCGGAUGAAGAAGCAGCGGACGAAGCCGACGAUGGCGAGGGCGACGACCAUGUUGACCAGAUCGAAGAUCAGCUUGAUGAGUCGCCUACCGAGCAGCCAGGCGAUAGAUCCGACAACGAUGAAUCGUCUCAGCAGCCCGAUGAGCCGGAGGAGCCGGAGGAGCCGGAGGCGCCGGAUGAGGCUGCUGACCCAGCCAACAACAGCAUGCAGCCCCACGGAGGAGAGGACCCAGCCGCAGACGAACAGGACGAGUCCGAGGCCAAAGAAGACGAUACCAAAGCUGUCGACGAUCGCGAGCAAUCUAGAGCCGAGCAGCCCCAUGGCGUCGAGGGCCAGGCGGGACAGGUAUCAAACAUCCAGUCUAGCGAGCCCACGACGGGAGAAGGGACUGGUGCCGACAACCAGGCUGCUGACGACUCAUUCGAGCAUGCCGAUGCCAGCGAGGCCAAGCCCACCCAACGGCCCGCAGCCUCGCAGCAGCAGAAACAGAAACCGCGCAAACCCGAUCCCAAUCCGCGCAGGAGCCUUGGCGAUGCACUCAAAAACUGGAUGUCCCGCCUCAAGUCCAUCUCCGAAAGCUCCCAAGAUCGCGCCGAAGAACCGCAGCAGUCCGAGCAGAACGAGCAGCCCCAAGUGGAUGGCGAUCAGGCAAUGGACUAUGAGUUUGUUCAAAACGAUGACGAGGCCGCAGAUGCCCAGGCACUCGAUGCUGCCACCUCGGAGCAGAUGUCUCAGAUGGACCAAAAAGCCCUCGCGGACGAUGAGGAGGAGGACAACUAUGCCAAGCAAGAUGAGGAGAUGCAGGUUGACGAUCAACCCGCCGAGGAAACACCGGCAUUCGAAAAGAAGCCUGAUCAACGCAGCAACGACAACCAAAAUGUCAGCGGAACACUUCCCAAUCGACAGAAGGAGAGCGACGAUAGCGCCGAUGCCGAAACAAGGCCCGCGGGCGAAGAUCUGGCAGCCGAUGAAGACCACGACGACGGCGAUGGUGAUGAUGCCCGCGACAACCUUGCAUCGACCGACGAUCAAUCCCGUCGCCAGCGACAAGAUCCCCAGAGUGACGAGGAUAUGGGCGAUACGAGCGACGAGCACGACGAAGCCGAGCUGUCGUACGAAGAGCUCCGACAGAACCUUGAAAAGUCUGUUGCCGACUGGCGUCAGUCCGGCCAAGAUCUCCGCGAAGCCGAGACGCUCUGGAAAAACUACACCAAUCUGACCCAAAACCUGGCCUUUGAACUGUGCGAACAACUGCGGCUCAUCCUUGAGCCUACAUUAGCCACCAAGCUCAAAGGUGACUAUCGCACCGGCAAGCGGCUCAACAUGCGAAAGGUCAUUCCGUACAUUGCCAGUCAGUUUAAGAAGGACAAGAUUUGGAUGCGCCGAACCAAGCCCUCCAAAAGAACAUAUCAAAUCCUUAUUGCGAUUGACGACUCGCAGUCGAUGGCCGAAACCAGAUCGGUUCAGAUGGCGUACGAGUCUCUGGCGCUGAUUUCCAAGGCCCUGACACAACUCGAGGUCGGCGACCUCGGCAUCGUUAGCUUUGGUGAGAGCGUCAGGCUCGUCCACCCCUUCGAGCGGCCUUUCUCGGACGAUGCCGGAGCCGAGGUGCUGCGACGGUUCACAUUCAGCCAGGGACGCACAAACGUUCGCACGAUGAUGGACACGGCGAUCGAGGUGCUCGAUCAUGCUCGGCUCGUCACCGCCACUGCCCCGGGUGCCGAUGAGCUCUGGCAGCUGCAGAUCAUCAUAUCGGAUGGCAUUUGCGAGGAUCACGAAAAGAUCAAGGCGCUGGUGCGGAAGGCAGCCGAAAACCGGAUCAUGGUCGUCUUUCUUGUGCUCGACAACCGACCCGAGAAAGACUCGAUCGUCAAGAUGACCAAUGUGACGUACGGAACCGACUCCAAGACCGGCCGGCCCACGCUGCAGAUGAGCAAGUACAUGGAUACCUUCCCGUUUGACUAUUAUGUGAUGCUACGAGACAUCAAUCGGCUUCCAGAAGUGCUCUCGGACACCCUGCGCCAGUACUUUUCGUUUGUCAGUGCCUGAAGGACCCCAUGAGGAUCCCUUUGGCUCUGUUGCCAAACCCCGGCAAUCAGCGUUGUUCCCUGCCCACCGAAUAAAUCAACAUGGCACUUUAAU